UAUUUCUUACUUUUUUUUUUUCUUUAUGGCGGUUUGUUUGAAUUUCUGGCGGAGCCGGAGCGACAACAGUUAUAGCGCGCACCAAAUUCGAUACUCGUACCGGUGAUCUUGAAACCUCUCUUCCAGAACCACAUGUGCAUAGAAAUUUGUCACCGCUUGCCCUUCUUUUGGCUUUGAUUCUCACAUUCUUCAUCCUGUUUUGCUUGCCUUUUUGUGUGUGCUACGCGACUUUCACUGAGUUUGUGCUCUCAUUUGUUUCCAAAUAAUUUCACGGCAUCCGAUCUUUUUUACUGGUUUGGAGUUGCAAAAUUUUUUGAGUUUGAUCGUUGAAGCUCUACUCUGUCUGUAAGUUUCGUUCCUUCUGAAAGAGUUUGAACCGUUUUCCUGGUCGUGUGGGGUUAUCUAAUCCAGUUAGCUGAGAAACUGAGGGAAUUUUGGCAGCGACUAUGGAGGUCAACGUAGGACAUCUGCAGAAUUUAUCAAUCCGGAUUGAUUCCGGAAUGUUUGCGAGGAAACCGAGUGGUUCGGUCCGGUUUCUUCCCCCAAUUUCUAAACAGCAGAAGCUGCCACCGGUGGUUUCAGCUUUUCAGCAACCUUUGAGACUUUCUAAUCGAUGCAGGACGAUCUCUGUUGGGGCCUCCUGCUAUCGUGAGAAUAUUUCAGGUUUGGCGUUGGAAACUGAAAAUUUUCAUCCUUUUGACAAAGAUCUACUUUUAAAGAAUAAGUCACAAGAGGUCCAGCCCCAUCUAAAUGGAAAAUGCAUAUAUCUAGUCGGAAUGAUGGGCAGUGGAAAGACAACCAUAGGCAAGAUUUUAGCAAAAGAAUUGAGUUACGCAUUUUCUGACAGUGAUACAUUGGUGGAGCAAGAAGUUGGUGGAACUUCAGUGGCUGAAAUUUUUAAGCUUUAUGGCGAGGACUUUUUCAGAGACAAGGAGACUGAGGUAUUGAGAAAACUAUCAUCGAUGCACGGGUUUGUGAUUUCCACUGGUGGAGGUAUUGUUGUUCGGCCUAUUAACUGGAAAUAUAUGCAGAACGGGAUUAGCAUCUGGCUAGACGUGCCAUUGGAAGCCUUGGCAAAAAGAAUUGCUGCAGUAGGUACCGACUCACGCCCCCUCUUGCAUAAUGAGUCGGGCAAUGGCUACACAAAGGCUUUCAGACGACUCUCAGUUCUUCUGGAGGAGAGGGGUGAUGCAUAUACCAACGCCAAUGUCAAAGUUUGUUUAGGAAGUCUUGCAGCCAAACUGGGUUUGUCAGAUGUAUGUAAUCUGACCCCUGAAGAUAUUGCUAUAGAGGCGCUUGUACAAAUCCAGCACUUCGUGGAGCAUGAAGAUGGCUAUUGUACAAGUUAAGACUACUGCAGAUCAUCAUCCGGUGUUUAAAGCCUCCUCUCUUCUUAAAGAAGCACGGAAUGGCAUUGCUUCUACUCUUGCCAAUUGUAUAACAUGGGAUCAUCAGGUAUGAAUAACCACUUGGAAUGGAACGUCGUCAGUGUUAGAAGUGUAUCUAUCAAAAUUUUGAGACAAAUAAAAUCUUCUUUUUUUCUUAA